AUGUCAUCCCAGGAUGACAUCCAGAUUGUACCCUCUUCACUCCCCUCAAGCCCCUCAGAAACAUUCUAUGACUCUUCAUAUUUCACCGCAAAUCCUAACCGUGAACUACCAUCUGCAUCUGAGAUCCGAGAUCGCUAUAAUGCGACUACAGAAUUCCCCACGUUCGAGCGACCCCCACCGAUGAUGUUCCCAGAUCAAGGCCUGCUUGUUAAAUGGGGUACCGAAAUAUCUAUUGCAGAAGGUCAAUGUUUAUAUUUCUUGAAGAGAAAUUUGAGCUCUGAGGUCAAUGUGCCUGAAAUAUUUGCCUGGCGUCAGGAUAAUGGCUUUACUUUUCUUUAUAUGGAACUUAUAGAUGGGAAACAGCUUGAUACGGUUUGGGAUGAUAUCUCUGAAGAUGAAAGAGAUGAUAUAUGCCGAUGUUUGAAGAAAAUGAUAUCUUCGUUAAGAAGGUUAAAGCAAGACCCUGAUGAUCGGUUUAUUGGUAUGUUAGAGCACCGCAUUGUUGGUUAA